UUGGUUUGCCUCACUUCUCCACCAAAGAGAAAGAAAGAGGAAGAAAAAGAGAGGAAACCAAACCAAACCAAACCAACAUUAUUGUAUUUGUAGGUCUCAUUGGAAUUGGAAUCUUUGGAUGUUCUCAUUAUUUAAUUUCUUGUUGCCCGUUAUGAUUUACUUUUACUCUACACUUCUAUUUACUCCUCAUUUUUCUUUAGUGGGUUUAUGUCACUCUCCCUUUCUCUCUCUAUUUACUUUUACUGUCACUCAUCACUGUCAUCUUCUUUCUCUCUCCAUUGAAACACUCCUUUUCUUUACCGUCUUAUAAUAAACCCACCAUUGAAAGCUUCUUCCCUUUUCAUUUCCAUGUCUUUUUCUUAACAGCUUUCUUGCCCUUCACCUUUUUAAUGCUAUUUUGGCCUUAUUCAAUGAAUUCCUUCUUAUUUCACUUAAUUUAUAGGAUUAUAUUGCAAUUUACAAGUAUUAUUUAAUAGUCAAAACUCAAAACAUUUCCCAAAAAUCAGAUCUUUUUUAUUUUUAUUUCCCCAUUAAAGAACAUGAUGAACGCUAUAUAAUCUCUUGAUUAUAUUAUUUAAUUGUUAAAAGCUCAUAUCUUGUCGGGGUUUUGCCAAUUUUUUACUUAAUUUUGUUGGGUGAUUUCUUUUGAAGCAAAUGAAAUCAAGUACUCGACUUGAUUCUAUUGUUUUCCAGCUCACACCAACUAGAACAAGGUGUGACCUAGUAAUAACUGCUAAUGGCAAAAGUGAGAAGAUUGCGUCGGGUUUGCUAAACCCUUUCCUAGCUCAUUUGAAGUCAGCAGAAGAGCAGAUUGGGAAAGGAGGAUAUUCUAUCGUUCUCGAACCAAAGCACGAAAUUGAUGCUGUGUGGUUUACAAAGGGAACAGUGGAAAGGUUUGUCCGUUUUGUUAGCAGUCCGGAGAUUCUUGAGAGAGUAUACACUAUAGAAUCUGAAAUACUACAGAUUGAAAAAGCGAUUGUCGUUCAAAACUGUAAUGAUAAUGGAUUUCCCAAGGUAGAAGACAUUCCGGUGAAGUCUGAGGAAAGGCUUGAAGGCAGUAAACCUGCAUCAGGUAGUAAUGAGGAAAAGGCAAUCAUACUUUACCAGCCGGCUGGCUAUCAAGCUGAGGAAGAUACAUCUAUCACACAGGAGAAAAAUUCGAAAGUUCAACUUGUACAAGUUCUCGAGACGCGUAAAACUGUGUUGCAAAAAGAACAAGGCAUGGCCUUUGCACGAGCUGUUGCUGCUAGCUUUGAUAUUGAUAACAUAGUCACACUCCUUGCUUUCGCCGAAUGUUUUGGGGCUUCACGUAUGAUGGAUGCCUGCAAAAAGUUUUUGGACUUAUGGAAAGCAAAGCAUGAAAGUGGACAGUGGGUUGAAGUUGAAGCAACUGAAGCGAUGUCGUGCCGGUCUGACGUGCCUUCUACGAACGCUGCAGGCAUUGUCUUUCUGGGAUCAAGUGAAUCAAAGGAAUCAUUCCCACCGGGUGAUGCGACUCCUGAAAAAAAAGAUCAAGCACUUCCAAAUCCACAUGAGUACAGUCCCGGCCAGAUUCCACAUCCUAUGUUCCCGGCCUGGCAAAUGCAUCCUCAAGCAAAUGGCAUGCCCGUCUUUCCGCCAUAUUCGAUGCAAGGCAUGCCUUACUAUCAGAACUACAUGGGGCAGAGCCCUUAUUUUCAAUCAUCUUAUUCGCCUCAUGGUGAAUCCCGAUCACAUUCUGGUCGGAAAACAAGGCGUAGAAGGCAUUCAAUGGAUAGCCGAGACACGAGUGCUGAACUUGAAACCGAAGAGAUAGAUGCUUCCGGAAGAACAUCGGAUGAUGUUACGGAUGAAGAAGAUUCAGUGAGCAGGAAGCCAAAGAGUAAAGGAGAAAAAUCUUCCAGAAAGCAUUCUGGAAAAGUCGUGAUCCGUAAUAUUAAUUAUAUUACUUCCGCAAAGCAAGGCUCGUCAGAUAACGAUGCACAAUCUUGUCCCGAUUCUGGAACUGACGAUGAAGGACGAACUAUUAAAACUGAUGGAACAAGAAAACUGAAAAAGAAAGAAAGACUGUCUGAACCGGCAGACGAUGCUGGAAAUUGGCAAGCCUUUCAGAAUUUCUUACUCAAUGAUGCUGAUGAUAAUAAUAAUUCCGCAAGGAGCGGCAUGUUUGAGAUGGAAAGUAAAGUUAAAGGAAGAAAGCGACAAUCUGCUAUUGGGGACGAUUCGUCAGCUCUUGGAAUGCGUAAAUUUGAUGAAGAUCGUGAUGUAGGAAUCAGUAAAAAUCUUGAGAUUGAUGGAGAUUCAACCUGUUUGAGGAGGUCCGUGGGUGAUCAAAUGUUGAGUUAUCGUCAAGAUUCAAACUCGAGGCACGAAAAUAGCCAAGAAGAUCUGCAAUUUAUGGAAGCGGGGGGUCAAAGACGUGCUUACAGGCGAUCUGCGGAUGCAAACAUGGAAUAUAUGAUCAACCGGGAAGAUAAACUGUCGGAUGUGUGGGACCCUUCCCUAAAUCCUGUCAUCAGUAAUGGUUUUCAGGAAACGUCUGAUGGAAAUAAAAAAAGUUCAUUGAAUGGUAUGGUUGAUGAAUCUUUUAUGGUCUUGCAAAGGCCGGGUUCUUUAGAUCAAGUUAGAGGUGAUGGUAGAACAGCUGUGGAUAUGGAUUGUGAGCUUCCUUCUGUGCCUCGUAAGACGGAUCACCGCACUUAUGAGCCAAAUGAUUUAAACUUGCUGCCGAACCGUGCAAUGGAAGGUCAAUCAGGUGGCUAUGACCCAGCUAUGGAGUAUGAUAUGCAAGCUCAAAUUAGCAAUGAGGCUAGGAUGAAUGGUAAGAAGGAAGUUGCUACGGAUGCCAAAGGGUCGAGGAAAGCCAUCAAGGAUCAAAAGGUGAAGACCGAGAAAAGAAAUACACUGGGUAUCAGAAGAGAAAAACCUUCUAAAUUAAGUCCUGCUGAAGAUGCACGAGCUCGAGCUGAAAGGCUACGAGCUUAUAAGGCUGAUCUACAAAAGCUAAAAAAAGAAAAGGAAGAGGAGGAACUAAGAAGGUUAGAAGCAUUAAAGUUAGCUAGGCAAAAGAGAAUUGCUGCUAAAAGUGGCGCCAAUCCUACUCUUUCAUCUUUACCAUUGCAACCGGCCAAGAGACAAAUGCCCAAACUUUCUCUCGUCUCUCAGAAAGGGUCAAAGUUCAGUGACACAGAGCCCGGGUCUAGUUCCCCAUUACAAAGAUCCACGUUAAGAUUUAUAUCCAAGGUAUCACCAGAUUCGAGUAAAGCUUCUAAAUCUGCAAGAUUAAAUAAUGUAAGUCACACAAAUGGAAAUAGACUAACUAGGUCGUCUUCCUCACUGAGGACACGGAAGGAAGAAAAAAACAGUGUUACACCUGAUCCAAAGGCAUCAAUGUCCAGAAUCAGAAGAUUGUCGGAGCCAAAAGGCACUAUCUAUCACAAUUCUUCCGGGAAGUCUGGAAGUGCCAAUAUAGUCGCAAGACGUAGGGUAUCUGAAAGGUCCGAGAUAAAAAAUUCAUCUUCCACUUUGAACAUCGACAAAUUGAAAUCAUCGGUAGUUUCAGAAGUCAAGGUUAGAGUAUCUAAAACUUCUGCAGUUAAUGUACAGAGAAAGCCAGCUGAAGAGAUAACCCAAAAGUCCGAUGAUAUAAUUACUAGGAAUUUGAGUAAGGACCUCGCCAAUGUUUCGUCCCACCAGGAUGUAGAUGACAACCCAAUAGUUGAAAAGACUGUUGUAAUGCUCGAACGUGAGAAACCUGCAGCGCUGGUCUUUGAUGCUCUUAAGGAUAGAGUAGGUGCCCAUAUGCAGUCUAAUGCCCACAAUGAAGUUGGUAAACCGGAGGAAGAUCCGGCUGUCCCUCCACCCGCUUCACCUAUAAUUGCUGUGAAAGAAGUUGACAAAUUGACAUCAAAUUGCGUUGGUAAGGAGCCAUCUCACACCCGAUUGAUUGAGGCAGAAAAAGUGUCACCCUCAGUUGACACUCAUAAAAAAACACAUCAUGCACCACAAGCUCGGCCUUCCUCCCUAGAGGAUCCCAGCAUGGCUGUAUCAGAUUACGGGAAGGCACCACCUGCAAGCGUAGAGAGGGAAUCAGCAGGUUUACAGACGACCAAAGCACAAUUGUCCGACACUCAGAGACCUGGACUGAUUAAUACAUCAGAUGCAUAUUCAGGGAAAUCUCAGGGGAAGGAAUCAUCGAAAGGUUUUAAAAGGCUAUUGAUGUUUGGAAAGAAGAACACACCUACAAAUGAACGUAAAAUUGAGACAGAUGAAGGAAAUCUUAAUGGGUUCGUGGUUGAUGAUCAUUCAUUGAAUGGCUCUUCUAGUGAAGUUUUUACCGUGAAAAGUCUUCUGAUUCACGAGGAGAGCUCGAGUGCUGGCACUACUCCAAAGAAGUCUUCACGACCUUUCUCUUUAUUGUCACAUUUCCGAAGCAAGAACAGUGAGAAAAAGUUGUCGACAUGAAAACAAUAUGUUCCGUUCAAUGUCCGAAUAUGCCACAUGAUUUUGAUCUUUUUGUGGUAAUGUUGAGUAUGUAAAGUUCACAAUGGUGUCUUGUUGUAAAGCCUUGAUCUCGAACCCUAUGUCAUUGGUAUUAUUUAUGUGAGAGUUUAGUUGGUUAUGGUUGUGCCUAGCUCCUAUCUUGCAUGAAUCAACUUGUUUUAUCAAAGAGGUGACAUUCGGGUUGAAUGUACGAUCAAGGGUGUUGAAUUGGGUCAUUUUUCGGGUUUUUGCUUA